AUGUUCCGAGCCAGCAGUCCAUAUGAGGAGCUUGUCAACAAGACAACGAGCGAAAUGCUCACCACCGAGAACUGGGAGCUCAUUAUGGAGGUGUGCGACCGGGUCGGCACCAGCGAGACCAACGCUGGCGAGUGCUUCAAUGCAAUCAACAAGCGGUUGCUGCAUCGCAAUGCUAACGUAGUCCUGUACACGAUGUCGCUCAUCGAGGCUAUGCUGAAGAACUGCGGGCAGAACGUCAAGCAGGAGGUUGCAUCCCGUGCCUUCACCACUACGCUGACACGGAUUCUCAAUGACAAGACCACACACGAGUCGGUCAAGCAGCGCAUUCUGGGCAACAUCCAGCAAUGGGCAUUCGAGUUCCGCCAGGACCCGACGCUGAGCCUGAUGGAGGAAACGUACACGAAGCUGCGCGCCCAGCGGUUUGUCUUCCCGUCGCCGCAGAAGCCCGAGAAGGUCCCGAAGCCCUCGGAGCUGGAGCGGCAGAAGGAGGAGGACGACCUGCAGCUGGCGCUGGCGCUAUCUCUGUCGUCGGCCGACAAGCCCGGCUUGCGCACGAACUUCCAGACGCCGGCAGCGAUCCGCGGCGAGAUCACGCGCCAGAAAACUAUGGCUGCCAGCAAUAAUGCGCAGGGCGUGGCGCGGCGCAGCACCCACGUGCCCAGUGCCAAAAAGAUCCAGGUCAAGGCUCUAUUUGACUUUGUGCCGACCGAGCCCGGCGAGCUGGGCUUUUUCAAGGGAGAUGUGAUUGUUGUGCUGGAUCCAAAAAUGUGCGCGCCGAGGUUAUGCGCGACGUCGACGAUCACCGUCGAGGUCUUCACUGAGGCCCACAAUAUCGAGGCCCUGCUGCGCAUGCUUGGCAGCAUCGAUCCAAUGAAGGACAAUGUGUCCGAUAACGAGGACGUUCAGCGUCUGUAUGCGUCCACCCUGGCUUUGCGGCCCAAGAUUGUCAAGCUGAUCGAGAAGACUGCUAAGCGCAAGGAGGAGCUGGCAAAGUUCGAGACCCAGUUCAAUGACGUGCUGAAGCUCUAUGAUGACCUGAUGAAGCGCGAUAGUACGACGCAGCCCCAGCAGCAGGCUCAGCAGCAGCCCCAGCAGAUGUACCCCCAGCAAGGAUUUCCACUUCAGCAGCCAGCAGGCUCAGCAGGCUCAACAGGCUCCAGGCCACAGUCAACAGGCCAGACGUACAGCAGGCAGCAGCAGCAGCAGCCAACAACAGGCUCAACUAGCACAGCAGAUGCAGCUGGCACAGCAGAUGCAGCAGAUGCAGUUGAACCAGCAGCGGCAGCAGCAGCAGCAGCAGCCCAUCACGUCCCAGUCAGUGCUGCCACCACUAGCCUCUCCUAUUCGCAGCCCAUCCUGGCCACCCAGCAGACACCUGCCCAGCAGAUUGCUGCAUCGCCUGUGCAGCCGCCUGCAGUCCAGCAGCAGGGCGUCAUGUAUGCUCAGCAAGGCUACGUGGCCUCCCAGCAACCCAUGUCGUCGUCGCAGCAGACUAUGUACUACCCGCAGCAGGCUGCCCAGGGUCACCAGCAGGUUAUGACAUCGCAGGCAUUGCCGCCACAGCAGCAGCAGCAGCAGCAGCAGCAGCAGCAGGCUGUGCAGAACCCACAGCAGUACCAGCAGGCUGUCCAGUACCAGCAGUACCAACUCCAGCAGCAACAGCCUCAGCAGCAGCCGCCGGCAAACUAG